AUGAAGACAAAACGAAGAAAACAAUCCUCCUCUUAUUCUGAGAAUGAAGAAGAAGAACAUGAAGUAGUAGAAACGAGGUCAAAGAAGCAGAAGAAGAAACAAAGUCCUCUAGCAAAGCAGAAGAAGAAUGUGCAAAAGAAGUCUGAGAAGAAGGAGAAGUCAGGGAGUGGAGUUAUACCAACAUUACAACAAAAAUGCUUGCUUGUCAAUUUUCAACAAAUAGUUAAGAUGGUGAAGCCGAAAGCGAAAAUUGAAGUAUGGGAUGUGCUACGGAAAACUUCUUUUUGGCCGAUGAUAUCGCCGAUCUAUCACUCUAAAGUGCAAGAAAAUCAUUUUACCAAGAAUGAGCGUGACCUCGAAAUCAUCCUUCAAUACUAUGAUGUUGAGAAGAGGAAGUUGUUUUUUGGGGAUAAAGAGAUGGAGAUCAUGGGGGAAGACAUAGAGAGGAUAUUUGGGUUGCCAAAUUCAGGAGAAGUGAUAAACAAUGUGGGUAGAAAUAUGGACAAUGAUAAAAGGAAGCCUUCGGCGAUUUUUGAUGUGAAAAUGAUCAAGGACACAGUAGACAAGCAAGUAUUGCUUAAAAGGCUGGAAGCUGAGGUGGAUAAGGAGGAGAAGGGUGAUGCAAGAAUCAUUGCUGCCCUCAUACUUAUGCUUCUGUUUACAACAUGCUUUUUUAGCAAGUCAACAGUAUCCAUCACCUGGGACCUCAUAAAUGCUUGCGAGGACAUUGAAAGAAUCAACCAGUACAACUGGCCCAAAAUGAUCCUUGAAUUUCUAUUUGAUGAACUUAUGAGGCACGAGAAGAAAAAACCAAAAGUUCUCAGUGGAUGCUUGAUACUGAUCUAUUACUGGUUUCUGGAGAAUACCCAGGUGAAGCACAAGAUUACUAGAAAGGAGAGAUCGACACCAACCUAUCUUAGGUGGUCGAUAAGAGAGCUAUUCACAACUGAGAGCUUGAAAGACAAUCCAGACAUCGCAGUGGAAUUCAUAACAAAUGGACCAUGGAAUGAAGAAAACCACAGAGGCUUUUCGGAUUCCGAGGACGCGCUACCUCUCACUUUCAGGGAUUGGGUUCCCCAAAAAAGCCAGGAGAAACCACAGGAAAAAGUUCCUAGAGCAACAACAUAUAUCCUAAAAGAUAUAGCGACAGAAGAUGUGGCUGAAAAGGAUCUCAUUGUUCUAAUCAUUGAACUCCACAACCAAAAUCGAAAGCUUCAGGAGAAUGCAAAGAUGUCCUCGAUUGCAAUUGAAGAAGCAAAUGCAAAGAUACUUCAGCAGACGUUGGAAAUAAGCAAGUUGGAGGAUGAGAACAAAAAGCAGAAGAAGUAUAUAGAGGAUUUAACUUUACAGCUUGCCAAGGCACAUGAAGUUGAAUGUGGAGAAAAAGAAGAUGAACGUGAAGUUGUACAAGAGAAAGGGACAAAAAAAGCUAAGGAUGACGACUUUGAGUACAACACUCCAAAGGAAGUGAAGGACUUGGAGAUGCGCAAUAAAAGAAAAAAGGCUCCAAAACAACCUCUGCCUCAGAAAAACAACAAGACAGAGCUGGAAAAGGAGAAACAAGUGAUAAAAAAAGUAGUGAACUUUGAAAAGGAAACUUGGACCACACUGAAGACGGAGGUCCAAAACUAUUACAAGUCUUUCCUUGAUGCAAGGGAUAAUGAUGGCGACACAUUCUGGGCUUCUCAAACAAAGCCAAUAGUGGUACAAGGAACAGACAUUAUUAAUCUUGUGGAAGAAAACUACAUGAGUGAUUCUGUAAUCAAAGCGUACACGGAGAUUUUGCAAAUGGAACUUGAAAAUGCAAACAUACAUAUUGCAACGUUUCUGGAGAUUGAAGCAUCAUUUUAUGCGAUUAAACAUGAAGAGGAAAGAGGAAGCGUGGAUUACAAGAACCAAAUAAAGUUGUGCUUAAUUGAACCUUUAUGGUAUGUAUUUGACUACAACAAGGUUCUUAUCCCAAUCCACCAUUGCACAAACCACCACUACACACUGCUUGUGGUUGAUAAUGAGAAAAAGAGGAUUGUGCACAUGAACUCUUUGCAACCUCCAGAGAAUGAAAGGGACGAGGAGGAAAAAUUUCAUAAGAAGGCUGAAUAUGUGUUUCUCCAAGAAGUAGAAUUGUCAAACAAACAUUAUCCGGACGACAGCCAAGAAGCGGAUAUUGAGAAUUAUAGAUAUAAGAGUGUUGGCGAGACAAAUCAAGGGGAUUUGGAUGAUAGAAUCCUUCCGAUGAAUGACAGGGAGAAAAUGGUAAGAAGAUGGGUGCUUGACAACUUCGAAGCUAUUAAAGAAUACAAGCUGGAGGAAAACUUUGACUGUCCUCAACAAAAGUCACUAUCGGCGGACUGUGGGCCUUUUGUGCUCCAUUUCAUGCAGAAGUUAGCCUUGGGAGAAAAGCCAAACAAAGUCGAUGCUGAUGGAAUGAGGAAAGUUAUUCUUGAGCAGCUAAUGAAUGCCAGAAUACAAAUGUUGUCAAGAAAUGGAAUAUGA